AUGAAAGCGCAGGUGGAUGUGGUCUGCUGUAAAUCAGUAGGAACUGAUCUGUCCAUGCUGGAUAUUGAGGAUUUCAUCACAGAAAUCUGUCAGCUGAAGAAAGAGGUGGCUUCACUGGAGGCAAAGCUGAGAGAAAGAGGAGACAAACUGAACAGAGAGGAUGUGGAGCAGGUUUGGGUGCGUGAGACUGAUGGGACAGAAGCUCAGGAUUCAGUCUGGAGCGUCAGAGAUCAGAGAUCCAGAGACACACAGGACUCAGAGCUCAGCCUCACUUUACUCUGUUAUACUGACGCUCAGGAUCAUGAAUCCACUGAUCAAACCUCUGACUGUAACGCUGGAGAACAGCAGAUGCUGCAGACGCCGCUGAAGAUGUGCUCCGUCAAACUGGUGGACUGCAGGAACCUGAUCGAGAGCAGAGGAGAAGAAACCACCGCAGAGAAACAACAACAACACACUGAUGAGGAAGAGGAGGAGGAGGAGGAGAAUAAUGGGGAGGAAGAUGAAGAUGGUGAAGAUGAAGAUUUCAUUCUUCACGAUGUCAAUGGUGGCUCAUCUUCUGAUAGAGAUGAAAAAACAGUCUCAACAUCAAAAGAACAGCUGACGGUCAAGAGUUUCUCCUGCAGCACCUGUGGAAAAACACUGACUUCAGAGGAUCAUUUAGCAAGACACGAGAGAACACACACAGAUCAGAAAGACUUCAGCUGUAAGAUAUGCAACAUCAGCUUUCCUACCGCAGAAGAGAAGAGACUUCACUCAAAAGAGCACAGCGGGAAGAAGGUAUUUCACUGCGAACAGUGUGGGAAGGUUUUUUUCACCACUGCUCAAAUUAUGAAAGCUCAUAAAAAAACACACAGCGAAAAGUUUUUCCACUGCAAUGAAUGUGACAAGUAUUUCAGCAAUAAAGGAAAUCUUGAUGCUCAUAAGCGAAUCCACACGGGAGAAAGACCAUACAAGUGUCCUCACUGCGAGAGAAGAUUCAAUCACGGAUCUCAUCUGAGGACACAUUUGCAUUUCCAUACUAAUGAGAGACCGUAUCAGUGCAGUGAAUGUGGGAAAGCCUUCACAGACUCAAGAUCUCUAAAUUCACACCAGAAAAUCCAUUCUGAUGAGAAACCCUUUCAGUGCAAACACUGUGACAAACGAUUCCGUCAGAUUGCUAAUCUGAAUUGUCACGAGAGGAUUCACACCGGAAAGAAACCAUAUAUGUGUGCCCACUGUGGGAAGAGUUUUUCUGAUCCAACUCAUUUCAGGGAACAUAAGCGAGUCCACACUGGAGAAAAACCAUAUCACUGCAGCAUUUGUGGGAAGAGUUUCACGCAAAACACUAACUUAAUAAAGCAUCAGAGGAUUCAUACUGGAGAAAGACCGUUUAAAUGCUCACAAUGUGAAAAGACGUUUACUCGAUCAGACGUCCUUAAGAUCCAUCAGCGAGUUCAUACAGGAGAGAAACCUUACUCCUGCUCCAUCUGCGGCGAGAGAUUCGCUUAUUUAGGUAGUUUUCAGACCCACCAGAACAAACACCCUAAAGAACAAACUGCUCCAGAAUCAUCAGAGUGACUUUUCAUGUCUUGGUCUGUCAGUAAAGGCUUUAUUUCUGCA